AUGAGGGCUCGCCUCAAGACUUCCUCUCCUCCUGUCGGUUCGUUCUUUCUUGGGAUCUUUUUUGUGAAACGGAAUAGGUAUCCAGAAUCUUUAGAGUUGCAUCUCAACGGUGGAAGGUUGGAAGGCAGACAAUUCAAGUCAUUUUUUCAUAGGAUAGAAACUUUCUAAAGUCCUACGUGGCAACUAGGUCAAUUACGUGGCGCGUAUAAACCAAUCAUUUUCAUUUUUUGUAAAUGAAAACUAAAUGUAGAUUUAAAUGAAUGUGAAUGUAAAUGUAAAUGAAAACGGUUGGAACCUAUUUUGCGCUAUUUUUUGUCAACGUAACAUACUGCUACAGACAAAUUUCAUUCUCAGAAAGACAUAUUUAGAAGCAAGGAUGAUUUUUUAUUGAAAUUUUCGACUAAAUCCUUUCCCGUUGUGCACAAGGCUUCGACACACCACUCACAAAAUAAGUAGUUAUAAAAAUACAAGACAGAAGUGCAGUAAAAUAUUCAGUAACGGGAAUUAGUCCACCCUAAGGAGAAGACUUUGACGCGGAUGAAGAAAAGAAUUAGAAUCAGGAAGGUAUUGAGUCGAAGAAGGCAGAAUUUGGGUGAUCGUUAAGUUGGAUCCGUAAAAAAUCAAUGGAGACGUUAAAAUCUAUUCUGAAGGUCAAUUUAUUUUGUAAUAGUUUUGAAAUAAAAAAAGAAAAAAAUAACUUGUUUUCAGAGAAAUACAGAAUAAAAAACUUUCGUUGUCAAUUGUUCAAGACACUUAUUUCAGUAACGACAAUCAUCCUGCUCUUUUCGAUUUUCUUGAUCAACACCACUCCAACAUUCGCUCAAUUCCGUCAGUUAUCACCCAAUUGCUUUUGUUAUUUUCUGCUUCUUUCAGAAUGUUGCAACUCGCCUGUUUUUGGAAUCGGUGUAGAAAGUUGUGGUAUGCGUGGCUGUCUGGAGUGCACAAGAGGCGAACUCAUCGUUAAGAAGCAGCCAGUAGACGUGGGCAACGCCUUUGGAGCAUCGGGAACUUUGGAAUCGGCAUCGCGAAUAGUCUUAGAAGACAAUCCGGGACAAGCACGUUUCCAAAAAUUGCAGUCUUUAUUUCUCAACGCCAGCGAUUACAAACUCUUCCCAGGUAACUUUUUUCACCAAAAUUUUUCCGAAUUUUUUGUAAUUUUCAAUAAAAAGCUCAACAAAACUUUACAUGCAACGCUAUUAUGAGGUUAAAACGUUUUUUUUUUUCCAGAGCCAUUGAUCCGCAUCCGAAACUCUGAAGUUGCUGAUAAUGCGUUCAGUCUUCUGACGAACAUAACCAUCUUUCCGCUCGAACCUUAUUGCCAGAAAGGAACGAUUUUCGAUAUCGACAACAUGAAAAAGAAGCCUUGGGAUCGGUUGAGAAAGUUGGAAAAGGUUACAUUUUUUUAAAUAUAAGCUUGAAGAUUAAUUAAAUAAAACGUUAGUUCUGAAGAAACCAGCACUUUUUUCAGGAUCUGUUGGCAUCGUGCCCGAAACCAACCACGCAGGCCCCACCUCCGGCUACAGCUCCAAAUUUGCCACCAAAUUCGGCACCAAGUUCGCCACAAAUCUCCGGAUCACUUCCUAAGCCGAUUUCGGGUCAAUGUUCUUCUUGCCCACCAGUGCCUAAGUGUCCAUCGGUUCCAUCGGCCGAAAAAGCUUCUGGUAAGUCGAAGAAAAACCGAAAGAUACUGAUAAGAAGAAUUUUGAAUUUUUCUCCAAUUUCACAUGAACCUGAAAUCUUUCUCAGAAAUUCCGAAACGAAUGAAAACGUUCUAUUUUCCUGACGAAGGCGUCAUAAGAAUCUACAUCUGUAACUGAAACAUGUGGACACUUGAAUGUUUAAAACCAUUAAAAAUUACAAUUCCUUCAAAUUCAUUUUCAUCCAGCUCAUAGUUUCGUUUGAGACUUAUCGAAACUUCGAAAAUGGGAGGGUUUCGUUAGUUACGACGCACUGACGUUUUUCUUAUACAUCGGCAAAAGGAAAUACAGUACCGCUCAAAAGUGUAUUAAGUUUUGGUUUUUUGAGGAUAUCUCAGCGAGUACUUAUCCGAUUUAUAUAUAACUUUCAGGGAUAAUGUAAAAAUAUACUUUGAAACAUAUACGGUAUACAAAUACAUGUCCGCAAUCACUGUGACGCGUUAUAGGAAUUUUUUUGAAUUCAAUUUUUGUUUUUUUAUGCUUUUUAUUUUUUUAUUUUUUUAUUAAAUUUUUUUAAAAAGUACUUAUGUUGCCAUAUGUUUCUUUUCAUGUUUUCAGACAUGGGAAGAACCUCUAGUAAAAAGCAUUUGACUGAUAACGACAAAAGAGCCAUCGUUGUGGGUCGUCAAAAUGAACUGACCAUGAUGACGUUGGCAGGAAUGUUCGGCGUGACAGAGGCGUGCAUUUCUCCGUUCCUAAAGCGUUGGAAAGCUCAAGAUGGCACUAUUAAGAGCCAACGCACUGAAAGACCACGUGUCAUUGAUCGUAAUGGUGAUAGAAACAUUUUGAAGACGUCUAGAACCAAUCCAAGACUCACCGCCCCUGCGAUCAGACGGGAAGUUUUCUUGAAUUCGCCGUCUCCGCCAUCCGUCUCGACCGUGAAACGACGUCUGAAUGCUGCUGGAAUCAUGGGAAGACGUCCACUGAAAAAACCGCUGAUUUCUGAAAAGAAUCGAGCCGCCAGGGUGAAGUGGGCGAAAGGGCAUCUCAACUGGACCCGUCAAGACUGGAACAAGAUUCUGUGGUCCGACGAAAGCAAGUUCCUCCUCUUCGAAAGUGACGGAAAUCAGUGG